AUGUGGUUGGAGCUGGCUGCCAUACAAUCUUUCCAUAGAGGAUAUAAUAGAUUCGCAUCACCAUUUAAAUUAUCAUCAUUAUUAAAGCUAGAAUUUGGAAUUCCAAAUCCAAUUGUUAUUAAUUCUACAUUACACUCUGAAUAUUUACCAUGUGUUUACGAAGCAUUGCUCUUAGAUUCAGAUUUAGAAGUGAAUCAGGUGAUAUUCGUAUUAACUUCCAUACUUACUUUCUCGAUUAUCAUAAUUGUUUAUUCAUAUACACUAAAAGUGUUCGAUAGCCAUAUAGCAGCUGUCCUAUCAACACCUAUUGUAUUCUUCUUAGGCGGAUACGCAAUAGUUAACGCGUUAGAUAACAAUUCUCGUCUUUCUUCAUCGAUUGAAUACAGAUUCAAUACAGGAUUAGGUCAGUAUCAGCCAUGGGGCCAUGAAAUGCUCCAUUGUCUCUUAACUUCUCGACUUUGUUUACUAUGUUUAGCAUUAUCAUCAUUAGUUUACUCUUUUCUCGAGUUCAACCUCGACUUUUCGGCCGGAAUAAUCGCUUGGAUUGUUAUUUUCCUCCGUCCGCCAAGCGCCGCCGUUUUAUUCUUCGUAUAUCUCUUUUACAAAUGGCAGAAAAUACAUAUAAGAGCUUUCUUUGCUGUUGUUGCUGCAUUGUUACUCUAUAUACAGAAGAUUCAUGUCACUUUUGGAGUAAUGUAUUCGAAUCAUUGGCCUUACCAGCCAAUAAUCGGAUAUUUAUGGAAUAUCUUUGGUAUAAUACCUAUUGGCUGCAUACUUGGAUAUCUAUUUACGAAGAAAAUCGCUCCAAUUUCUGCAAUUGCUUCAUUAAUCACAAUUCUCUUCGUAAAUCUUCAAGAAUCGCACAGAUUUAACUUCUUUGCUGUUAUAACAUCAGUAUAUCCAGUUCUUGCUUCUUUCUUUGCAGGUGGUUUCAUGGAUUUAACUUUCAUCUCAAAGAAGAAGUCAAAACAAGGGGCCAUUGGCAUGCUCAUUGUACUUAUUAUUGCUUCAAGUUGCUUAUCUGGCGUUGUUGGCUACAUCCAUCGUUUGGAUCAAACAAUUGAAGUAUUUCCUGACAAUACGGCCAAAGAAACAGGAUUAUGGAUAGCCAAAAAUACAAAAUCAAAUACGACAUUUCUUUCUAUCGUUGAUCGUGUUUGGACGCCAUCUGUUUUUUAUGCCGGCCGAAGAGAGCUCACAACAACUGACCAAGCAUUCCAGGCUGUACCAUUCAAGCCAAUAAACUACAUUGUAGCAUUGAAUGAGUGGAUGACCGGAAAUGUCACUUCUUGGAACAUGACUGAUGUUAUUCUUAUCCAAAACACUGCACAGUAUGCUGAUGUUAUCAAGCGUAAAGCAGAUGCAGCUAUGAAGUUACUUUAUAGCAAUGAUGAUUAUUUCGUUUAUACUAAUUAA